AGUGUGACAGCAGCACAGCACAAUAUGUGGUGGAGAGUUUGCAGCUUGCUGGCUUGGUUCCCCUUACGAGACGCCUUUCUGACUAACCACACAGAAACCAUCACUGUGGAGGAAGGCCAGAUGCUCACUCUGAAGUGUGUUGUUUCUCAGGCGAAGACUGCCUCCCUGCAGUGGCUGGCCCCAUCUGGGUUCACCAUUUUUUUAAAUGAGCAUCCUGCUUUGAAAAAUUCCAAAUACCAGCUUCUUCAUCACUCCUCAAAUCAGCUCUCCAUCAGCGUGACUAACGUAACCACACAAGAUGAAGGCCUGUACAAGUGUUUACAUUACAGCAACUCUGUGAGAACAAAGGAAGUGAAAGUGAUUGUGCUGGCAACUCCUUUCAAGCCAACUCUGGAAGCUUCAGUCAUCAGAAAGCAAAAUGGAGAAGAACAUGUUAUACUAAAAUGCUCCACCAUGAGAAGCAAGCCCCCCCCGCAGAUAACCUGGCUGUUCGGAAACGACAUAGAGCUCUAUGGUAAAACUCACCAUGAAUUUGAAAUUGAUGGGAAGAAAUGUAAUAGCAGUAGCACACUCAGAGUCCAUGCAUAUAGCAAAAACUCAACAGUGGACUGCAUUAUCCGACACAAAGGCCUGCAAGGAAGAAAACUGGUAGCAUCUUUUCAGUUUAAAGAUUUAGUUCCUGAUCAAGAGACAACUUCAGAUGUCCUGGAGAAGGGCUCUCCAUCCUCUCAAGAUCCUCAGUGGCCCACUAGUACUGUUGCAGUACUAGAAGAUUCUAGUACAUCAGAGAUUGACAAAAAAGAAGAAGAACACACCACACAAGACCCUGACUUGACCACUGGAGCAAAUCCUCAGUAUUUAGGAUUGAUGAGGAAGAAAAGUGGUAUACUGCUGCUCACUCUCGUGUCCUUCCUCAUUUUCAUACUCUUCAUUAUCGUCCAGCUCUUCAUAAUGAAGCUUCGGAAAGCACACGUGAUCUGGAAAAAAGAAAAUGAAAUUUCAGAACACACUCUAGAAAGUUACAAGUCAAGGUCAAAUAAUGAAGAAACAUCAUCCCAAGAGAAAAAUGACCAAACUUCCCAUUCUAAGAGCUGCAUGAACUACAUCACACAGUUGUACUCAGAAGCAAAAACAAAGAAGAAGAAAAAUGCACAACAUUUAAAGUUAAAAGGAGAACAUGCUCAUAUACCAGAGAGCAUUGUGUAGUGCUCCCUGCAAUAGAAAAUAUGAUUUCAAGGCAACCAUAGUGUUACCUAAGUGGACAACUUAUGAGAAGGAGCAUGAUUACUGUGACAGGAAAAACGGACUUUUAAGUGCAAUGCAAGGUGGUAUCCUCCCAUGGUAACCUGCCCUGGAUUCAGAGCAGCAAAAUGAAGACCAAACCAUGGACUUAAGGCUUUGUAUUUUAAAAAACAAGUAAAUAACCUGUUAUGAUUGACACUACUUCAGAGCAGGAAGAUUCUGCUAAGCCUUGGGAUCGGGGUCAAUGUGACCAACUAGCAUCUUACUGUGAAGGGAGCAGGAAUUUUUAGAUGGGAUUAGUGGAACGAAACUAAUUUUAUUUAAUCUUUCCUUUUGGUCUCCAAAUAAAGAGCUUUGGGAUGAAAAGGACAUAAAAAAGUUCUCUAGUCCUAGAAGCUUACUUUCAAGACAAUUUUAAAAUGUAACCAGCAGGUAAACUGUCAGGGGAGAAUGGCACAUAAACAAUGAAUGAGUCAGAUGUGCAUGACCACCCUGAGACAAGUAUGAGUUCAAGGUCGGUCCAAAGAUUCGAUUUUCUUGCUAAAUCACAAAAGCUGACCUGGUGACAAAGUUGUUGUUGU